AUGUUCGUUGAUACUCUUGUAGAAGAAAAAACCCCAGUCAAAAUGUUAAUUAAUACAUCCUCAAAAUUUAAUACCAUUAGUAAGAGGUUGUUCGAUAAGCUUGAAGAAGAUUAUGGAUUAGAAGGUAUAUCUGGUGAUGAUUUGAUAGGCGAAGAAAUAAAAUACUUAGAUCUACAAUUUUGCUAUAAAAGAAAGUGGCAAUGCUUAGAUGGCACCGAAUUAUGGAUGCAUAAAGUAAAAAUUAUCUUUGGAUUUUCUCCCAGAACCUAUGAACACCGUGAUAAAAUUGUAAUAGAUGAUAUAAAUAUCCCAUUGAUCGAAGGAGAUGGCAGACCCAUGGAUGACUCGAAGAGUCAUAAAACCAGCUCUGGUAAAAAUAACUUACCUAAGUCCGAUCUAUCAAUAGAGGAGAUCACAAAUAUAACCAAGAAACUUCUUUCAAAUGCCAAAGAUAAUAAAUACCAAAAGAGCCAUCAUGGGAUAUUUCACAACAUAACUCCUGUACCUCCAUUAUUCAGAAGAUUAAAUAAUGAUGUACUCAAAAAUAGCAGAGUUAACAAGAAUAAGAAAUAUCCUAAAGUAGAUUUAGGCGAUAGAGUUUUUGAUAAAUUUCGUAUUAUUGAGUAUGAACUAAGUUGUAUAAAUAAAGGAAAGUUAUCAUGGGUUCUGUUGGAUUCUUCAGAUACUUCAAACUCAAGUGAUUCUUCUUCAUCUAGAUUGCGAUCAGAAGUUAUAGAUACGUAUAUGACAACAUCCGUUAAAAAAUGUCCUACUAAAUGA